AUGAGCAAGAGGCCUCGGGAGUCGGGGCUCGAUAGCGAGAAGAUCCCACGUAUCGUUGGGUUCUUAAGCGUUAAAAGCUGGUCGGAUUUCCAGUCGAUCAUGAAUGUUUCCGACAACUUUCCCUGUUCGUCAGAAGACAUGUUCGGCGCACAAUCCGUCUUCGCCCCGCCAGCGCCACAAGAAUUUGAGGUCGUUGGCGUGAAGCUACUUUUGGAGCUCCUCAGCGAGCCAGUCGUUUGGUUUAAAGAAACCGUACUCCAUUUAGACAAUCGGGAGGAACCCCUCUACCUCCUCCUAUACUCGGUCCUGUCCAAACUGGCACUGCUAAGUCUCGACCAAGGUUCACUGGUUAUCUCCUCAGCCGGUCCUGAUGAUCCCCUUGACAAGGGGGCUGCAAUUUAUGCCGCUUGGGAAGCCGCAUGGGACAAAGUUUAUGAAAUUACCGGUGACUAUGAAUCCUCUGACCAUAAACUGGCGGAGCGGCUUUUCAGGUCACCUGUGCAGCCCGGUCGGUCUGAGCUUGUUGUCGUCCGUGUAAACCCCGGAAAGAGGAUAUCACCGCAUGAGUGUCUGGAGACGAAUGUUCGGUCAUACUGCAAGGCCGUGAUGCUGGUGGAGCCGAAGUGUAGGAUGGUCUUCACAGACGACAUAUGGCAGCCCAUGGCAGAAGCUAUAUCGCUGGCGAUCCUGAACGGCAAGCAAGAUCCGGUGACGGUGCUGCUCACGGAUGCUAAGUCCUGGUAUUUUGCCUCUGUGCAGCUGGUCGGAGAGAUGGACGAAGAGGGACUUCCCCCACCCACUCAGAACGAGUUCCAGGCAUGUGGCUACCGCCUCCGUCUCUUUGCUUGCAAACAUUUCACCUGUAAUCUCCUAUCUGAAUCCAGUGAUAGAAAUUACGCAUGUGUGGCUAAGGUUUUCGCCCACAUGCACACCGUGUUGUACCCUGGUGUAGACAUCUCCCAGGUUGCAGCUCGGGCGCAGCAGGGCAGUGGUGUGCUUAAAAGUCUGGCGGACAAGUGGGCGGAACCCUGUAUCAGAGAUGUGGAAGAGAUGCAGAGGCUGAAGGACCACGAGCAGAGGAUGAAGGAAUACGAGCAGAGGAUAAAGGCUGCGGAGCAGUGGAUGAAGGACCACGAGCAGGAGAUCAAGGCCUUAAAAGAGAUUGAGGCUCGCAAAGAGCAGCAGCAGCAAGGCCAGUAA